AUGGCGACCGUGGCCCCCUCAAGGACAGUCAAUGUCUCGGUUGAUCCAGAGCAUUACAUGAAGACCUCAGGUGCACUCGAUCCUGUAUGGAUCAAGACCAUGCCCUACUCGAAGUUCCCAACUUUUCCUAAGCUCGAGAAGGACAUCGAGACAGAUACUCUGAUCAUUGGUUCCGGUAUCUCUGGUGUCUCGAUAGCCUACGAACUUGUCAGACAGGGCGCCAAUGUCACUAUGAUAGAAGCUCGAAACAUCCUCGGUGGUGAGACUGGCAGAACAAGUGGUCACUUAGCCUCAGAUCUAGACGACGGCUAUACUCAGAUUGGCAAGAAGCACGGGAAGGAAGGUGCAAAGAUAGCAGCUGAGAGUCACACGUGGGCUGCAAAAAGAGUGGGUGAAGUCAGCAAAGAGCUAGGCAUAGAUUGUGAAUGGAGAAUGCUACCAGGUUACGACUUCUCACAGUUUAUGAAGGGUACCAAGGAACACGACGAUGACAUGAAGGAGAUUCUCUCCGAGAUGGAUGCUGCGAAAGAGGCCGGCCUCAAAGUCGAGUAUCUUGAGGGUUACGCUCUCAAGGGUUGGGACGGAAAGCAUGACCAGCGUGAUGCCGUCAAGUUCCACGACCAGGCCACCUUCCACCCUACCAAGUACGUCGUUGGAAUCCUCGAAUGGUUGAAGAAACAACCAAACUUCCAAGCAUUUACCAACACUAGAGCUGUGACAAUCAACGAGAAGGGUGUUACUGUACCUCUGGUUGACGUUCACCUGGGCUCAAAGGGUGUGAAGGUUGAAACUACAGGUGGUCAAACUAUAAUGGCCUCACAAGUCGUCGAAGCUACCUGUAUCCCACUACAGCGCCUCAGCAUUGUCGCAGAGAUAGAGUACAACAGAACAUACUGCAUUGCCAUCCGUAUCCCCAAGGGCGUGGUCGAGGACUGCCUCUUCUACGACUCCAAGGAAGAGUACAAGUACGUCCGAAUGACAGAAUGCGACGAGAAGGAUGACUACAUGGUCAUCGGUGGCUGCGAUCACCCAGUCGGUCAAGAAAACGCAUGGGACGAGCGAUAUGACGAGCUUGAAUCCUGGGUCCGCGAGCGAUUCACACAAGCCGGCAGCGUCGACUUCAAGUGGAGUGGUCAGAUCAUGGAGCCACUUGACUACAUGGCAUUCAUCGGCCGAAACAGCGGCGCACAGAAAGUCUACGUCGUCACUGGUGACAGUGGUAACGGUCUGACACACGGUGUCAUCGCUGGCAGAAUCAUCAGCAACAUGAUCCUCGGUCAUCCAGAUCCAUGGGAAAAGCUCUACGACCCACGACGACGAGACUCGACUCUCGCCAAGGUAUUACCAGACAUUGCUCAGCACGCCGUACAAAUCAAUUCGCAAUACCGACGGUUCCUGAAGAGCGAUAUCCAGGAUGUGGAGGAUCUUGGUCUCGAGAAGGGAGGUGUUUUGAACUCGGGCACAAGCAAGCCUAUUGCCGUAUACAAGGAUGCCAAUGGUAAGGUACACAAGUUAAGCGCUCUGUGUCCUCACUUGAAGGGUGUGGUGUGCUGGAAUGACAGCGAGAAGUCUUGGGACUGCCCGGUCCACGGUAGCAGAUUCUCAAAGGAUGGCAAGCAGAUUAUUGGUCCUGCUAAUGUUGAUAUGCAUCCUGCUGAUCAGUCCGAGCUCAAGACGCCUUUGAUGAGAUAA